UUCAGCUGGAAGCACAGAGGCGCUUUUUCUAGACAAGCGAACACACAGUCUGUUAAAGGUUGGAUGUUUAUGGUAACAAUGUGAAUGUUUAUGGUCACAAUGAAGGCCUUCAUCUUCCUUUUUCUCUUGGGAAUACAGGGGGCAGCGGCAGUGACCCACUCUAUGAAGUAUUUCUACACUGCGUCCUCUCAAGUGCCAAACUUCCCAGAGUUUGUGGUUGUUGGGAUGGUUGAUGAUGUUCAGAUUAAUUAUUAUGACAGCAACAUGGAGAAAGCUGUGCCCAAACAGGACUGGUUUGCCAGGAACACAGAUCAGCAGUACUGGGAGAGAGAGACUGAUAUCUUAGAGGGCACCCAGCAGACGUUCAAAGCCAACAUUGAGACUGCAAAGCAGUGCUUCAACCAAACUGGAGGUGUUCACAUUAACCAGAUGAUGUACGGCUGUGAAUGGGACGAUGAAACGGCUGAAGUUAACAGCUAUCAUCAGUAUGGCUAUGAUGGAAAAGACUUCAUAUCAUUUGACCUGAGGACAGAGACAUGGAUCGCUCCAGUAAUGCAGGCUGUAAUCACCAAACUCAAGUGGGACAGAGACAGAUCUCUUUUAGGCGAUCUGAGGAACUAUCACACCCAGAUUUGUCCUGAGUGGCUGAAGAAGUACGUGAACUAUGGGAGGAGCUCUCUGACGAGGACAGAGCUUCCCUCAGUGUCUCUCCUCCAGAAGUCUUCCUCCUCUCCAGUCAGCUGCUAUGCUACAGGUUUCUAUCCUGACAGAGCCGAGAUGAUCUGGAAAAAAGAUGGAGUGGAGAUUCAUGAAGGUGUGAACAUGGGAGAGAUCCUCUCCAACCAUGAUGGGACCUUCCAGAUGAGUGUUGACCUGGAUGUCUCAUCAGUGAAACCUGAAGACUGGCACAGAUACAGAUGUGUGUUUCAGCUCUCUGGUGUGAACGAGGACAUCGUCACCAAACUGGACAAAGCAGCGAUCAGGACCAAUGAGGGUAAAAUUGGAAAAAGAAGUUCUUCAGUCUUCCCUGCUCAUGUUGUUUUCCGGAUUAUGGGAAUACUGUUCCUCCUGACUGUCUGCUUCUCUGGAGUCUUUAUCUGGAGGAGAAAAUAUAAAAAGCUGUACUGACAGUUCAAAAACCUUAAAUGGGUGUGCACCAG